CCUCGCUGCGUUGUCCUGACCUUGUCCUAAUCGCACUACGAAAUAUUCACAACACUAGCAAUCCUGAACAGCGCUUCUUUGAUCGGCUAUUCAUCGUCGGUUACCUUGCCAAGUAAUUGACUGCACAAAUCCUAUCAUGCCUUCCCAGCUACCGUCGAGCUUUGCCUCUGCUGCCGCUGGUCAAAUGCGAGAUUCGCGAGGGAACCCUAGAGGCGAUGCCGUUCGCGGAUCGGGGAGCGGUGAAUGGCCACGAGCCAACGGAACUAGGACUUUUCGCCGCCCCUCCACCACACCAUUCACCACGUCCGCCGCAGCAAACCCGGCCGACAAUUCACAACAGUCUGCUGGUGAUGUAGCGCCCUUGUCUGCAAACUCCCAGCCUGCUACAUCCGACCCGAACGCGCUUCGCUAUUCGAAGGAAGAAUUGUUGGACAUCUACCAAAAAUACAAAAACUCCGAGCCUUCGUCGCAGAUUAACCCAUCGAGUCUCUUCAUGCCGAACUGGAACCCGACGCAGGUGAACGGCAGUUCUUCGAGGGGCUGGGGUAAACCUAGUGGCGACUCUUCCCAUGUCCCUCAAGAUCCGACUGUCUGCUGGGACCAGGAUGGCAAUGUAAGGCCUGUUGGCCUGGAAGAAAUGACGGCGGAAGAGCGCGAGAUGUUUGCCACCGAUGUCAAUUCCCCGCUCAAGCCCUUGCAGCCGCAGGCUAAGGAAGGUAGUCACCAAGGUGUCGGGGGUGGCCCGAAUGGACGUAAGACCUCCAUCAGCGUUGGGACCACGGCGAAUCACCCGACUUCAUCCCCGUCAACUGCCUCGCGGCCUGGCACUCGCCGACGAGAGACGGGCGAUACCAAUCCGUUUUCGACUGCUGCCUUAGCCUCCCCCACGGGUACUGGCCGUCUGCCAAGAGAUGACGCAUGGCUUCCGCGCCGGAGCACCGAGCUGAAGGAGUCGAUUACCGACGAACCCGAGGAGGACGUCAAUACACGCGAACCGCUUGUUCGAGGCCAGUCCUUUGGUCUUCCGCGUAUCAAUACCGCUGCCACUGCCGGGUUCGGAGCUCCCUCGCUCUGGGGAACCCCGUCCGGCUCUGUAUCCGCAGGAAUCGGCGCCUUUGGGAGUUUUGCACUGAACUCGUCUGCAAUCGCGGAUAAUAAGCGAUUCGGCGCUUCCGGGAGCCGUCUUGCUCAUCUGAUUCCCAAGGAAUCGGCAGAGAACGUGGCGGGAAAGGCAGGCGAAGCCGCUAAUGUCGAGGGGAAUCGUGGAUGGCGACCCCGGCAGCGCACCGAUACUGACCCCUUUGCCGGCACCGGCGAACCCAGUGUUUCGGGCAGCGCGAUCCUUGGCGGAGCACAGGACAACAGCCCACCCUUGAGCUCUCAACAUCAGCGUGUCGGGUUGUUCGACACCUCAGUCAAAGGGAAUGCCGGCGACUUUGGAAUGUCUGGACUCAACCUAGGCGGACAUGGAGCAAACGGCCCUGCGAGUCCCUCAGAGACAAAUCCUUACCGGAGCCCGCUGGCGGACCGUGGCGACGAUGGGCAUGACGACGAUACGGAGAAGCAUGGCCAUUCCGGAUUGUCUACCGACCCACCGCAUAAUUUUGGCACCCUCCCGAGAACUUUCGGCGCCAAUGCGUUCGACGGCAGCGACCGAAGCCAGACCUCUAGUGUUGGCGCGAAAGGAUUUGCUUCAGUAAACCCCCUCACUGGAUGGCCGGCAGUUCCGUCUGCUGGCACACCGGACCGUGAGCGUCAAUUCCACAAUGCUUUUGGGGGUAGCCUAUUCAGCCCGUUGGAAGGCCUUCCGUCUCCCGGCCUGGGAGGUUUAGGCAGUAUGUUCAGCGCGUCCAGUGCCGGGCUCGGCCGAGGCAGCAAGUUGAACUCGCUCUUCACCCCCGCGAUGCAAGCUCAGAUGCAAGGUCAAGACCAGGAGAAUCUGAGUGAUUCUGUGCCGGAUUUGAGACAAAGCAACCCUCUGGGUGCCAUCGGUCGAGGCCCUAUCGGCUCACAGCAUCGUGAUACCGGUAGUCCGGUCCGGUCGGGCAGAGUCGCUUUUGAUGAGCUUUACGACCCCAACCGGUCACCUUUUGCGACCUCUGAGCAACCCCAACCCGGCCUUACAACCACAUCUCAGGGGCAGUCAUUCCUCCCUACUUCGUCUGCCGGCCUUCCAUUCCCGUCCACGCAGUCAGCCGGGGACCCUUCAGCCCCACGUAUGAUGGUAAUGCCCGACCGUAUGAGAUGGGUCUACCUGGAUCCCCAAGGCACCAUGCAGGGUCCCUUCAACGGACUGGAGAUGAAUGAUUGGUACAAGGCAAACUUCUUUACGGCUGAUCUUCGCGUGAAGCGAGUCGAAGACCAAGAUUUUGAACCACUUGGCCAGCUUAUUAGACGCAUCGGGAACUCGCGCGAGCCUUUCCUCGUGCCUCAGAUGGGGGUCGCACAUGGGCCUAAUCCUCCCGGAGGCUCUUUCCCUAUCGGAGGGCCUGAGGCUAUUCCCCCACUGCAGAACGCAUUCCCGUCGUUUGGCAGGACUCUGACGGCCCAGCAACAGAAUGAUCUGGAGCGCAGGAAACAAGAAGAGCAGCUUUAUCACGCCAGAGCGCGCGAGAUGGCCCAUCAUCACCACCAGACGACAUUCGGUAGACUGCCGAUGCAGCCAGGAGUGCCCGGCUCGCUCCAGCACCACUCCAGCGCCCACAGCCUUCAGAGCCAGCCGAGCUUCGGAAGCAUGGCUUCGCCAAUCGGCAUGCCUCCACAGCCCCAGCUCGGGAACAUUGCCCCAAACGCGUCUUUUUUUGACGCACCUGCGGGCAUGGGACAGGUUCAGUCCCAGCCUGGUAUCGGACCCGCGCCAGACCAAUUCUCCCAGGAUCUGAAUUUCGGCGAGCGCCAGGUGCUGGCAAACAUGCAGUCAGGCGGGAGCGUUGGUUUUACGUUGCAGCCUACUGGAGGUGAUGGCACUGGACUUCGCAGUCAGUUACCAGGAAUUGAUCAACUUCAGAGGGACCCCCAGGGAUUCAGCACUAGGAUUCAAGAGUUCCACGAUCUGCGCGCGCAGCACGAUGCCGAGGAAGCCGCAGCCAAAGAGCGCCUCGCCGAUGUGAGGGAGGACAAGACUGAUGUCACCUCGGCGGGUGCUGGUGCCACCGCCGCCAAGCAGGUCAUUGAGACGACGUCGGAAGUUGCUAUCACCAAGAAGGGCGACGUUCAGUCUCGGACGGAACUUUCGCUUACUGAGCGGGUCCGGCGAACACAGGCUGACGCAGCUGCUGCGGAUUCCAAACCUGUUCAGCAGCUGUCCACUUCGGGACUUCCGAUGCCGUUUCCCCCACCGUUGCGGUCCGGCAGCCCCAUUCCGGCACCACUUGCCAAACGGCCCCAGUCAAGCCUCCCCAUACAGUACGACGAUCGGUCUGCGUCUGGAACCCCCGAUUCGUCUUCUGACGCGCCUGCACUGGCCCCGCCUCCCACGGCGCCCUGGGCGCCACAGCCGGGAACGGAAGCGCACAGGGGACCUAGCCUUAAGGAGAUUCAGGAGGCCGAAGCUAAGAAGGCGGCUAAGAGAGAGGAGGCCGCUGCUGCCUUGCGUCGUGCUGCCAUGGAACAGGAAGCGGCCGCUCUCCGUGAGCGAGAGAAGGCCGCGGCCGUGGGCACGGGAUUGCCACCCACUAGCACAUGGGGUACGGGGUCGCCAGUCGGCGCUCCGGCUACAGGCAGUCCGUGGAAGCAACCCGCCGUUGCCAAGGGCAUUGCCGCUGGCACCGCCUCAGCAAGCGCCGCUGCCAAAAAGACGCUGGCCGACAUUCAGCGCGAGGAGGAAGCCCGAAAGCAAAGGGCCAGAGAGGCGGCUGCCGUCCAGUCCAGCGCCGCCUUAGCAUCUUCUAUGGGUAAGCGCUAUGCGGACCUAGCAAGCAAGAGCUCAACACCGCCCGGCCUGGCCGCUGCCGUCCCGGCGGCCAGUGGUGGAUGGUCGACAGUUGGGGCUGGUGGUAAGGUUAAAAUCCCUACCGGACCUGCCGCGCAGUCCCGCACAGUCAGUGCGAGCAGCGUCAAGGUGUCGGUCACGCCGACCGUGUUGAAGUCUGCGUCGAAACAAGCCUCGAUCGGAUCGAGCGACGCUAAGAGCGUGGCUUUGGAGGAGUUCAAGAGGUGGCUCAACCGAGAGCUUGUUCGCGGUCUUAAUGGUGUCGCUAAUAUUGACGUCUUCGCUUCCAACUUGCUGGAAUUGCCUCUUGAUGCUCUGCUCCUUGCAGAACAAGUGUAUCAGUACAGCACUACAAUGGACGGUCGUCAUUUCGGCGAAGAAUUUGUCCGCCGGAAGAAGCAGGCAGACAGGGGAAUCAUCGAAAAGGACCCGGUUGCUGCGCUGGCCGUCGAGAGCAAGAACAGCAACAACGGUGGCUGGAGCGAGGUGGCGAAGAAGGGCAGCAGCAGCAACACGCCGAAGGAAGAUGCUAACGUCCCCGGUUUUAAGGUUGUGACGACUAAGAAAGGGAAGGGCAAGAAGUAGGCGGGUGCUUGACUUUGACGGCGCCUCGCCUUAUUCUACCUGCGAGUGCGGGUGUUCUUGGGCUUGGGCCCGCGUUGUACAAGUUUCCGGCUCGUUUGUUUUUCGCUUUCGAGUAAUUGCCCCAAGCACAAGCGCUCACUGGCUUCAGAUGGAGCGAGCGAUGGCGUUGAGCGCCCUUGUUGGAGCCAUUUCUACACCAUCGAAUCUGGAGGGGGAAAACGUCUCGGGGCUUUGUGUUUGGCCAACUUGUAUCAGCUACGACGGGGGAAUUAGUGUAGCCGAAGGAGGCAUCGUGUGUAUUGUGGUGUUGUGUGUAUUGUGGUAGUUAGGUAUUUAGUAGAACAAGUGUACUCUAGCGCAGUAUCAUUACCAACUCUGGUUGCGAUGCGUUCUCUACAAAUAUAAGUAAUGUACGGUG